AUGGCCGACAAUGGGCUUGUGACAGUCUCCCAUUGGCCUUCUUUGAGGUAUGCCGCAUCGUCCCAAGCUUGCAAAUCUUCACUAACACAUGCCUUUGUCAACGCCAAUAGGAAAGUUCCUGAAAGCGGUCAAACAUCCCUUGUCCCCAUUGUUUUAUCAGCUUUCUGUUCCACGGAACUGCUAAAGACAAUUCCUUUUGUCUCUAUCGGAAUGGUUUCAUACAGUUCAGCUCUUCGCAACACAUACCUACCUCAUAUCAUUCAUUCGUCCCAAUUUGCAUCAUUGACUGAUCGCACCCACAAGCACCACAUUGUACAUUUCACCAACUGA